AUGAACGUUUUAGUGUAUUCGGGUCAAGGAACAACGGAUGACAGCGUGAAGCACUGCGUGGAGACCAUGAGGCUCCUUUUAUCGCCGUAUUAUUCGGUGUCUAAAGCUUCAGCAGACACGAUUAUCAAACAACCAUGGCAAGGCAAGACCACAAUGCUUGUGAUUCCAGGGGGAGCAGAUCUGCCGGUGUGCCGGGCGUUCAACGGGAGGACAAACGAGAAAAUAUCGCAGUUUGUGAACCGGGGAGGCCGGUUCAUCGGGUUUUGUGCCGGCGGAUACUACGGGUCAAAAAGAUGCGAGUUUGAAACUGGAACAGACAUGGAGGUGAGCGGACCUCGGGAGUUGGGCUUUUUCCCGGGCAUAUGCCGGGGCUGUGCAUUUAGGGGGUUCCGUUAUGGGUCUGAGGUGGGUGCACGUGCUGCAAAACUCAAUGUGAAUCGUAUUUCUCUUCCUGAUUGUCAGUAUAGCACUGUUUACAGCUACUAUAACGGGGGUGGGAUGUUUGUUGAUGCGCCCAAUUAUGCAAAUGUCGAGAUUCUGGCCCGGUACAGCGACCAGCCGGACGUGCCAGAUGGUCCAGGCGGUGCUAAUGCGGCAGUUGUGUACUGCAAAGUUGGAAAUGGGGCGGCAAUGCUUAGCGGUGUGCAUCCGGAGUUCACACCUGAACUUUUGGCCCAUUCGGCCGAUGCCCCAGGUUUCAGCAAGGUUGUCGACGUGCUAAAGAGGCACAACGAGGAGCGGAUGGACUUUUUGCGGGCAUGCCUCAAAAAAAUGGGCCUGCAUGUCAACGAGAGCACAUCGGUGGGAAGACCACACCUCACGCCUCUAUUUUUGACGUCUGUGAACAAGACAGACACGCAGCAGAUGAUUGGCCGGCUGGAGAGAGAGAUACCGCAUGGUAUUGACAACAUUUCGAAUGGCGGGAGCGACAAAUUCCGAUUUCACUGGUCGUUGAGCGAGCUGGGAGACAAGUUGCCGGAAGAGGGGUACGAGGACCCCGAAACGGCAAUAAAAGAGGUGUACGCGUGUGUGGACAGGCUUCCAACAAGGGAGGAGACGCCGAACUUCGAUAUAGGUGCCUUUUUGUGCGAGCUCCCCCGUGCUUACAGCAAUCUCAGCACCGUAGGAGCAGUCGGCAAGACUUUUAUGUAUGGGGAGGUGGUAACCUCGACCAGUGCACUCAUGGACUCCAACAUACACCUAAUGGGCGUGUUGCCGGAUGGGUUCACUGUGUAUGGGUCGAUCCAGGUGUGUGGAAAGGGACGAUCGGGGAACUUCUGGGUGAAUCCGAUUGGAAUGAUGGCAGUUUCAAUUUUCAACCGGAUGUCGUUGGAGCAGGCGCAGCGAACACCAAUCGUGUUCAUCCAGUAUCUAUGCAGCAUGGCCCUCAUCGAGGCCAUCUGGCACUAUGGAGAUGGAUACUCGGAGAUCCCCGUGAGGAUCAAAUGGCCCAACGAUGUGUACAUCAUGCUUCCGAAGUUUGUUGAGCGGGGGGAGCACUACAAGAGCCAGAAGUUGGGCACUGUAACAAGUGAUGGAGAGAUCGAGGCCACAUACACGAAGGUAGGGGGAAUCAUGGUGAACGUGAACGUGAUAAACAGGGAGUACUGCUUUGUGGUUGGCUCAGGGUUGGAUGUUUCGAAUGCCGCGCCGACAGUGUCGAUAAACUCGGUAAUCGAGGCCAUGAACAGGUACUGGGGGCAGACUGGACAGGACAAGCAUCUUGCUCCGCUCAAAAUAGAGACUCUACUUGCCCGAUACUUGGCUUCUUUCAACUCGAUGCUCAACAUAUUCAAAGCUGAGGGCUUCAGGCCUUUUCUCGACACUUACUACAGCAUGUGGCUUCACACGAACCAGACUGUACGCCUCACAUCGGAGGGAGAUGCCCGGGCUCGCAUUAUAGGAAUAACUUCUGACUGGGGGAUGCUUCUUGUCCAAAAAACUGACAGCCAGGGGAGGGCAACGGGAGAAAACUACGAAUUGCAGCCGGAUGGAAACUCGUUUGACAUGUUUAGGGGGUUGAUUUCGAAGAGGAAGUAA